AAUCUUUUCCAUUUUUAGAAUUUUUUAUAAAGAAAAUUAGAAACUUAAUAACAAAAGUCAGCUUUUUUUCUUUCUUUUGAAUUUUUUUUCAUGCAAAAAUGGAAACAGCUAAAACAAAGCAUCCUACAUUCAAAUACUUAAUCCUUUCCCUCUCCCUUUCGUUUCUCCUCCUUUUUCUCUUCAUUUCCCUCCACCCUAACCGCUUCCAAGCACUCCUCACUACCACCGUCACGGAAAACCGUCCUCCUCAUUCCGCCUUCGUAUCAUCCACCGAAGACCUCAAAAUCCGACCUGGUUACACCUCCUACGACACUUACAUCCAACGCCAACUCAACAAAACUCUUAACCCUAAACUACGUGAAAUAUGGACGACAAGAGAUUGGGACCGUAAGAUCCAAGUCUUCUCUCGAUUUUUUGCCGAUUUGAAAUCCGAAAAAUUCCUCGCCGAUUCAUCCAAGUGCCUCUGCGUCGGCGCUCGCGUCGGUCAGGAAGUUGAGGCAUUGAAACGCGUCGGAGUCGCCGAUUCGAUCGGUAUUGAUCUCGUACCUUUCCCGCCACUCGUUAUCAAAGGUGAUUUUCAUAACCAGCCUUUCGACGACGAGACGUUCGAUUUCGAAUUCUCUAACGUGUUCGAUCACGCGCUCCGUCCGGAAAAAUUUAUCGCCGAGAUCGAACGGACGUUGAAGUCCGACGGUGUCGCCGUUUUACACGUAUCGUUAUCGAGGCGAGGAGAUAAGUACUCGGCCAACGAUUUGUAUAGUGUUAAACCGUUGGUUAAGCUAUUUCGUAGAUCGAAACUGGUUCGGGUCAGGAAAGUUGACGGGUUCGGGUUGGAUACUGAGGUUGUUUUUCGUAAGACGAAGAAGAACAUUACACAAAGGUUUUGAAUUUUUUGUUGCUUUUUGGUAAGUAAUUUCUUGUUUGAUUUUCUUCUUUGAUUUGCAGAAAAUUGCUGUUUGAUCUUAAAACGAUAAACAAA